AUGGGAGGUGAUGCUGGGGGCGGUCCCGGCCCGCUGCAGGAGAUCGUGUUCCGCAACUUCUACACGGCGUUCGUGAGCGUGCGGGUGCAGCGGGCGCGCGGCCCGCGCCGCUGGCUCACCUGCGUGCGCCGCCGCCGCCUCAUGGCCAGCCCGCACGCCGAGCAGGGCGCCCAGGACUACUUCUCGCUGCCGCGGCACCAGAUGCUCUGCGACGUGGACCAGGUGACCGCCGUGCGCUUCAUCCUGCGGCAGCCCUCGCCCGUCUGGCUGCACUUCACCAUCGAGGAGCUGCAGAUCUUCCCGCCCAGCCAGAAGAGCCCGCCCAAGGACUUUCCCUCCUGGCUCUCGCAGCUGGCUCCGCCGCAGCAGCCGCCCGGCCCGCACGCGGAGCUCCCUGAUCCCGAGAAGGUCUCGGCGGAGGCGCAGCAGAUGUGGGUGCUCACGGAGGUGAUCCGCGCCCGCCAGGCUGCCGCCCGCAUCGGCCGCUUCGACGUGGACGGUUGCUACGACGUCAACCUGCUGUCCUACACGUGAGCCGCACGCCGCUGCUCCCGCUGCCGGCACCGCCAGGACACGCCAGCGGCUCCCGCGGUCCCUCCCGCACGGGGCCCUUCCCGGGCCCUGCCUGUCCCUUUCCCCGGCUCCUCCUGGCCCGGCGCUGCGGGGACCGUGUCCCAGGCCCCGCCGUUUGCUGCUGGUUUGGCCCCUUCCGUCGCUCCGGGCUCUCCAGCGCGCGGGGCCGCUUGGGGCUUCUCUCCGCGGCAGCCGCUCCUGGAGGUCGAGGGAAGGGGCUGUGGCCCCGACACGGGACCAGCUCAGGGGCUCAGGACGUGGCCCCGGCCUCGGCGCUCCCCACGACGUGACCCCGGCGCUCCCCACGACGUGACACCGGCGACACCGGCCUCGGCGCUCCCCACGACGCGGCCCGCGCUCGGCGCUCCCCGCUCUGCUCGGGGAGAGACUGAAUCCCAACUAAAAGCUGCUACGUUGG